CCCUCCGGGAGAGCCAAUGAGUGCGGAGAAAAGCGAUCGUUCGUUCCCGGCGCUGCCAGCCCGGCUGACCCCGAAGUGGCGAUGGCGGCGGCGCGCGUCCUCGAGUGGAUCUUCGUCUUCUACUUCCUCGCUCACAUCCCGAUCACUUUAUUAUUCGAUAUGCAGCAUUUGCUGCCCGGAGUUUACCCUCCCGCCCUGUCCAAAACGCUGACCUGGUACAUAACUACAUUCAAGGAUCCACUGAUGGCCAGCCCAGCACCCUGGUUCCAGCUCUUCCUCUACCUUGAAGCAUUCCCACAACUGUUUUUCUUCCCUGUUGCUGCCUACGCCUUCUGGAAAGGGAACUGCAAGUGGAUCCGGACCCCCGUGGUGAUCUACACGACGCAUGUAGCUACUGCAGUGACUGCUUGCCUGGCCCAGAUCCUGUUUGCCGAUUCCUCCAACGCCCAAGUCCCCAGCCCACAGACCCUGCGGGAACGCCUGACGCUGUCUGCCGUCUACGCCCCUUACUUAGCGAUUCCCCUCCUGAUGCUGCUUUUUGUGCUCUUCAGUCCUGCAUAUAACCAAGUGGAAAAAAGGAAAAAGAAAUAAAACCAUCGGCCCUCCUCUCUCAGGAAGGGAACCGUGCAAAUUA